AUGAAAUCUCCCUUCACCACCACCACCAUGCGUGACCACCACCCAAAACCCAACAACAACAACACUACCACUACCCAUCACCCCUCCUUCAACACCACCGCUUCCUGCUACGAACCCACUUCUGUUCUCGACAUACGUCACAGUCCAAGUCCCGUUGCCACUGCACCUGAUUCAGUUCCGGCGGUUCCCGGUUUCUUUUUGGACGACCAUCCUUUGGACGACCCUCUAUUACUGCAUCAUCUUCCCUUGUUCCCAUCAGGCGAUUGGGAUUCCUUGAUGUCGGGUUUCGACAGAAGAGACGAUUCUGCUCCCACGUCCAAAACUCUCCCCAACUUCGACUCCCAAAACCCGAAUCCCCUGCACUUCCCACCGGUUGAUCCUUACUUCCUUUCUUCUUCCCUUGUUCAUCCUGAUUUUAAUUCCUCUGUGUUAUUUCCCAACCAAAAUCUGAGUCAUGAUUUAAAUCCUUCGAGGCAAUCCCACGAUUCCUAUCAAAGCAACUCAUACUUCGAUUGUGUGCAGUUGGAUCAGCUCAUUAGAGCUGCGGAGCUCUUCGAUUCAGGGCAGCUGCAGCUUGCGCAGGUGAUAUUGGAGCGGCUCAAUCAACGUCUGCCAUCUCCUGACGGGAAACCACUCCAAAGAGCUGCCUUUUAUUUCAAAGAAGCUCUUCAAUUCCCUCUCACUGGCUCCUAUCGAACGUCCUACUCCCCUAAUUCAUCGACAUUUCACAAAAUUAAAGCGUACAAGGCCUUCUGCGAGAUAUCUCCGAUCACCCCUUUCGCUAAUUUCACCUCUAAUCAAGCGCUUCUUGAGACUCUAGACGGAGCAAGGUUCAUACAUGCCAUAGAUUUCGAGAUUGGGCUUGGAUUACAAUGGGCAUCGUUCAUGCAAGAGCUCGCGAACAGAUCAAAAGACUAUAACAGUCCUCUGUCGACUCUCAGAGUUACCGCCGUUGUGCCGGAAGACUCUUUGAUUGAACCGGAACUGAUCAAGGAUAACCUCUGUCAGUUGGCGGACGAACUUGGAAUCCUUUUCCAGAUUGCGUUCGUGAGUGUUUGUAGUUUCGAAGCAUCAAUGUUCGAUGCAAUCAGGUUUAUCGAAGGUGAGACAAUCGCCGUCAAUCUUUCGCCGGAAAUCCUCGGGCAUCUCGCUUUGAGGGAUUCAGUCCCGCGAUUCUUCUGUCUUCUCCGGCAGAUCGCGCCGGAGAUUGUACUAUUCGUUGAUACAGAGGGGUGGAAAGAAGCAGGGCCUCCUUCGUUUCGCCGGAACUUCAUCAACGGGCUUGAAUUGUACUCUUCGAUACUGGAAUCGCUCGACGCUGCUAACACCCAUGGACUCGAUUUCGUGCGGUUAAUUGAGAGGUAUCUUCUGCGGCCAAAGAUUUUUGCGGCGGUUGCUGCGGCCAGGAAUCGGUUUCCUUCUUCGUGGUGGGAACUGUUCGUCGCUGCUGGAAUGUUGCCAGUGAAGUUCAGUGAGUUCACGGAGUGUCAGGCUCAGUUUCUGGUGCAGAGGGAACAAGCACGUGGUUUCCACGUGGCAAAGCGUCAGACAUUAAUGCUGCUAUGCUGGCAAGAUAGAGAGCUGAUUGCCACGUCGGCCUGGAGGUGCUAG